UAACCUCAUUAUGAUCCAACUUGUACCCAAUAAAACACCAUAUCUUUCAACCAAUACUUAUCUCACAGUCUUAAUGGGACCCACAAGUGUAACUAACCCACAAUGAACAACAUGUGCUGGUCUGUUAUACAAACAAAUCUCACCCUCUUGUCAUUUUAGUCUUCUCCUUCAUCCUCAUCAAAAAACAACCAUAAAAAUUUGGAACUGUGAGAAAAUGACUUAUGUGAAUAUAAACAAAACUUCAUAAAAUAAGAAGAUAACAUGAAUUUGCAAAGUUGAGAAAAAUAAAAUUAAAGAUUUAUAGAAGAAAAAGUGAUUGCUUGUUGGGUUUUUAAUUAUUUAAUUUUUUCUUUCUUUCAAGUGAAGUAUGGAGUCUGUAUACAUUGCUAGACACCACAGUCAUAGAGUUGCAGGGAAUCAGUGCUCUUCUGCACUUACCAAACACAUCAAAGCACCAGUAAAUCUUGUAUGGUCAUUAGUGAGGAGAUUUGAUCAACCUCAAAAGUAUAAGCCAUUUGUAAGCCGGUGCACAGUGAGUGGGGAGCUCAAGAUUGGAAGCCUAAGAGAAGUAAAUGUAAGAUCUGGUCUACCAGCUACAACCAGCACUGAAAGGCUUGAACUUCUUGAUGAUGAUGAGCACAUUCUAAGUGUCAGAAUUGUUGAUGGGGAUCACAGACUAAGGAAUUACUCAUCAAUUAUCACCGUUCACCCUGAGAUAAUCAAUGGAGAGCCGGGCACUUUAGUCAUCGAAUCAUUUGUCGUUGAUGUGCCCGAAGGAAACACUACAGAGGAAACUUGUUACUUCGUCGAGGCAUUAAUCAACUGUAACCUCAAAUCCUUAGCCGAUGUCUCUGAGAGGAUGGCACACGCCUGAUAUACAGCGCAUGCUCAUGCCUCAAGCUACUGAUGUAUGUAUCGCUUUGUUUAAGAUCUUUUUAUUUUCGUCUGUUCCUUUUGAAGCUUCGAGGAGAUUUAUAGUCCCAAAAUGUUUGCACCCUUUUUUUACAUAUGGUUUUGAUGCAGAGAUUAUAGCAUCCCAGGCUUCAUAAAAUCAUUAUAUCCUUCUUUUUCUUUUUAAUUUGGAUGUGUAAGUUUGUUUGUAAAGCAUUACUUAACAGAACUUUGCUGUAUAUGUAAGUCUUUUUUACAACUUAUUAUGUUGGUGUAAGAAUGAUGAAUAAUGUUUUGGCUUUUCCUUUUUGUA